CGGCAGGCCACGCCCCGAAGCGGCCGGGGCCUCAGGGCUGACAGCGGAGUCCUGCUUGCGGUCGAGGCGUCCAGACGCCCCUGAAGAGCCUGCGGUGUGCGCUGCGCGGUGCGGAGCCGGGGCCGGAGCCGAGCGGGCCGGGGUUGACGGCAGAGGAUGGCGCCCACCUUCAAAGGAAGCGACAGUGCCCUGUGGCCAGACCUCCCCAGAGGGCCCCUCAGCAGGUACCGGGCCCGGGCCUCCUUCAGCGGUGCAGCGCUGCAGCUGUUCUUGGAAGGCGAGGACGUGGUCCGCUUUAAGAAAACCAUCUUCUCGGCUUUGGAGAAGGACCCUCUCUUCGCCCGUUCCCGUGGGGCCGAUCUGCCCCUGGAGAAGUACCGGGAGCUCAACUUCCUUCGGUGCAAGCGAGUCCUGGAGUACGGCUUCUUCAGCGUGGAAAACCUGGCCACGAGCCCGCUGAGGGUCUGGGCCUUGAUCCACUGCCUGGGCAUGUACGACUGGUCCCUGGCGGCCAAGUGCAUCCUCCACCUGUUGGUUUUCGGAUGGGCAGUUUUCACCUCAGGAUCUGAAAGACACCUCAAGUACAUCGAAAAGGCCUUCAGCAUGGAGGUCUUUGGCUGUUUUGCUCUGACUGAACUGAGCCACGGGAGCAACACCAAGGCCAUCCGAACGACCGCCCACUACGACCCUGCCACCCAGGAGUUCGUCCUACAUUCCCCCGACUUCGAAGCUGCCAAGUUUUGGGUUGGCAACAUGGGCAAGACGGCGACUCACGCGGUGGUGUUUGCCCAGCUGCACACGCCAGAGGGCCAGUGCCACGGGCUGCACUCCUUCGUGGUGCAGAUUCGGGACCCAAAGACCCUUCUUCCCAUGCCGGGGGUAAUGGUUGGCGACAUAGGGAAGAAGCUUGGGCAGAACGGGCUAGACAACGGAUUCGCCAUGUUCCACAAGGUCAGGGUUCCUCGCCAGGACCUCCUGAACAGGACUGGGGACGUCACCCCUGAGGGCACCUACGUCACCCCCUUUAAGGACGCCAGGCAGCGCUUCGGAGUGUCACUGGGCAGCCUGUCCUCGGGGCGGGUCUCCAUCAUCGGCAUGUCCGUGGUGAACCUGAAGCUGGCCGUGUCCAUAGCACUCCGCUUCUCGGCCACUCGGCGCCAGUUUGGACCCACAGAGGAGGAGGAGGUUCCCGUGCUUGAGUACCAGCUGCAGCAAUGGCGCUUACUUCCUUAUCUGGCGGCUGCCUAUGCCUUGGACCACUUCUCCAAAUCCCUCUUCCUGGACCUGAUGCAGCUGCAGCAAGGCCUGAUGCAGGGGCACCACGGGGCCAGGCAGGCAGAGCUCGGACGCGAGAUCCACGCUCUGGCAUCGGCCGGCAAGCCCCUGGCCUCGUGGACCGCCCAGCAAGGAAUUCAGGAGUGCCGGGAGGCCUGCGGUGGACACGGCUAUUUGGCCAUAAGCCGGCUGGGCGACCUCAGAGACGACAACGACCCCAACUGCACGUACGAAGGCGACAACAACGUCCUGCUGCAGCAGACCAGCAACUACCUGCUGGGCUUCCUGGAGCGUGGCGCGCCAGAUGGAGCUUGCUUCAGAAGCCCCCUGCGGACCGUGGACUUCCUGGAGGCCCACUCCACCAUCCUUGGCCAGAGGCUGCCAGGGGCCCAUGUUGCAGACUGGCUGGACUCUGCAGUCCCCCUGGCGGCAUACAAGUGGUUGGUGUGCUACUUGCUCCAAGAGAGUUAUCAAAAAUUAAAUCGAGAGAAGGAAUCCGGAAGCAGCGACUUUGAUGCAAGAAACAACAGCCAGGUGCAGUACUGCCGCCCGCUGGCCCUGGCCUUCCUGGAGCUCACGGUGGCCCAGAGGUUUCACGACCACACGCAUGGCCCCGGCGUGCCGCCCUCCCUGCGGCCCGUGCUGGGGCGGCUCAGCGCGCUCUACACCCUGUGGUCACUGAACCGGCACACGGCUCUGCUCUAUCAAGGCGGAUACCUGUCUGGUGAGUGUGCAGGGAUGCUGUUGGAGAGCGCCGUCCUGGACCUGUGCGCACAGCUGAAAGAUGACGCAGUUGCCCUGGUGGAUGUGAUAGCUCCUCCUGACUUUGUUCUGGACUCACCGAUUGGCAGAGCUGACGGGGAGCUCCAUAAGAACCUCUGGAACGCCAUCCUGCAGGAGGGCGGGGUGCUGGAGCGGCCGUCGUGGUGGCCAGAGUUCUCGGUGAACAAGCCCGUGGUGGGCAGCCUCCGGGCCAAGCUGUAGCCACACUGGCCGCAGCACAGAUGUAGCUGAGCCGGUUGAGCCAGCAAGACAUGGACAUGAAGCCCAGCUCAGCAGACGCCCAGAUGGCCUCUUCCAAGCUGGCCUGCCACACCGUGCCCGGCUCCGCUGGCCUGCACCUGGGUCGGGUAGCACUGCCGCACGGGUCAGUCCAGGGGGCGGAUUGCUGCACGAAAGGACCCGAGUGACCACUGGAGCCCACACCUCCUCCUUGGGCUGGGUCCCUGCUGUAGAGGAGGCUGCUCCAGAUCGGGGUCUCCUGACCCUGCCUGCGGGCACUAUGAGGCUCUGUUCCACAAGGACUCGAGGGUCCAGCCUGAUCCUCGCCCUCGAGCUGGGCUCCUCACGUCGCUGGUCGUACUGGACCUUCCUACUUGCACCACAGGCCCUCCGAGCCACAGCCUAAGAUCUUUAGGGAAAAGAGUAACCACUGUUCUUUGUACAGCUGGAGGUUUCACUGAGGAAGUUUCCCAAAGCCACAGGGCACAGUGAUGUGUCAGCGUGAC